AUGAAUGAACCAAGCCCAACUCGUAAACAUAAAGCAUCAGGAAGCGCAGAAGUGCCUGGUAAACCAGGUCGUAAACACAAAGCAUUAUCAAGUAUUGAGGAGUUCUUCAGACUUCGUAAAAAGAGAGGAACAUCAAGUGCUGAAUCUACUGAACGAACAACUCAUAAGCAGAAACCACCGUCAACUGUUGAAGAGCUUGUGUCAUUGACGGCUGACAGUUCGGCAAACGAAAAAGACGAUAAAGAUAAACAAUUCGCAAAGAUCGUGUCACGUAUGCUUCAAAUGAAUCCUUGGUAUCACGGUCUAAUGCCUCGCGAGGAGAUCGAAGAACUGCUCAGAGAAGACGGCGAUUUUUUGGUUCGACGUACUGAGGUUGCUCGAAAAACACGUCUCGCAGUUUCGGUGAAGAAUAAGGGUCGCAUACGGCAUAUUCUAUUGACACUCUCAGAUGGACAGUGGAGUCUUCGAAACUUGAAAAUGGGUUCGUUGACCGGUCUUAUAAUGGAGCAUGUGAAAACUAAAACACCGGUACAAGCAGACGGUACAAUAUUGGUAAAUGCAAUUCGUCGACCUGAUUACUAUAUUUUGCAUGAUCACGUUGAGUUAAAACGGAAGAUCGGCGGAGGAGCGUUUGGUGAGGUGCAUUUUGGUGUUUUGAGAAAGACUGACGGUACGUUGCAAGACGUCGCGGUUAAGACACUUAAAGGAAUGAUGUCAAAAAAACAACGAACUCUCUUUAUGCGGGAAGCCAAAUUGAUGCGACGAUUCAAUCAUGCGAAUAUCGUGAAUUUUCUUGGUGUUGCACCUCAAGAAGACCCUGUCAUGAUCAUACUCGAAUUAUGUCCGAAUGGAGCGUUAAAUGCAAAGCUAAAACAAAACCCCGAUAUACUCACCUCAAAACUUGUCGAUUACGCAAUCGAUGCGGCUCGUGGUAUGGUCUACCUGUCGGCCCGAAAAGUU